AUGAAGAAUCAAGAAGAUACUGAUCCGAGCUAUGUCCGUCAAAAAAUGAAGAAACUACCCCCGAAAGUAAUUUUUAAUUCAUCUUUAUCUUCUUCAAGUGAUACUAGCUCAUCUAGCACUUCAAAUUCUAGUACUAGUUCUAACAGUAGUUCUGAUUCUGAAACUGAAACCAGGGAUAUUAUCGAUGCUGUUACACAGACUCAAAAUCAAGAUAUUGUUAAUGAAGGUCGCAAGGGUCAUCCCAGUAAAAAUAACAAGGAUCAGCCCGAUGAAGAUCGCAAUGGACAGCCUAAUGAAGAUUGCAAUGAUCAGCCCAACGAAGAUUACAAUAACCAGCCUUAUGAAGAAGGAAAAAAAGGAAAGAAGAGGCUAAGAAGAGAACCGACUUGGAAAGUAAAUAUUUGUAAAGUUCUGAGGAAUUCUGGUAAGGCCUAUGCCCUCGUCCACAGUGCGAGCCUAGUGCGGUUGCGACGACGGGCGCGAAUUAUCAAACAUAUGAAACCGCUGUUUGCGUCCAUAGUGUAG